AUGACCAUUUUCAAUACAGAGUUCUUCCUUUCGGACCUGCCACAGCACCGAGAGUUUUUUUCCAAGACUCUAGCCGUGGUCGUGGCUCACCUCCGCAAACACAGGUUCACGCUGUUCCCCUAUCUGGACGAUUGCCUUAUCAAGGGCAACUCCUAUGGCAAGACACUUCAAACAACCCGUUUCAUCAUCUCCCUCUUUCACAUCCUAGGCCUCCAAAUAAACAUCCAAAAAUUCACUCUGACACUUAAACAACAGAUUGAGUUCAUCAGAGCUCAUCUCAACUCAAUCCAGAGCAGGGCCUUGCUCCCAUAUCAGAUUCCUCGCUAUCACGCAGCUCAAACGCACGCUCUCUAUUCGUCCCAAGACACAGGCAAAUCUCAUCUGGCAAUAGUACAGCGAGUCAACAAUGAAGGGGAAGGAGACCCUUUUUAUGAAGUCCUGGGGAUUGUCACAUUAGAAGAUGUGAUUGAAGAAAUAAUCAAGUCUGAGAUUCUAGAUGAAACUGAUUUGUACACUGAUAACAAGACAAAGAAGAAAGUAGCCCAUCGGGACAGGAAGCAGGACUUCUCUGCCUUCAAACAGACAGACAGUGAGAUGAAGGUUAAAAUAUCACCACAGCUGCUCCUGGCAAUGCACCGUUUCCUGGCAACAGAAGUAGAAGCAUUUGGCCCAUCCCAGAUGUCAGAGAAGAUCCUCUUAAGGCUCCUAAAACAUCCUAAUGUCAUCCAGGAGCUGAAAUAUGAUGAGAAGAACAAGAAAGCCCCAGAAUACUACCUCUACCAGAGAAACAAGCCUGUCGACUACUUCAUUCUCAUUUUACAGGGGAAAGUGGAAGUGGAGGCUGGGAAAGAGGGAAUGAAGUUUGAAGCUGGUGCUUUUUCCUAUUAUGGGGUGAUGGCCCUCACAGCAUCGCCAGUUCCCUUGUCCCUGUCUCGUACCUUUGUUGUCAGCAGAACAGAAUUAUUAGCAGCAGGUUCUCCAGCUGAAAACAAGUCACCCCCUCGUCCUUGUGGUUUGAACCAUUCAGACUCUCUAAAUAGAGGUGAUCGUAUUGAAGCGGUGACACCAACUUUGGGGAGCAGCAACAACCAGCUGAAUGCAUCUUUCCUUCAGGUGUACGUCCCAGACUACUCAGUGAAAGCACUCUCAGAUAUUCAGUUUGUCAAGAUCUCAAGACAGCAGUACCAAAAUGCCCUGAUGGCAUCCCGGAUGGACAAGACACCUCAGUCCUCGGACAGUGAAAACACUAAAAUCGAACUGACUCUUACGGAGUUGCAUGAUGGUUUGCCGGAUGAGACGGCAAAUCUGCUGAAUGAACAGAACUGCGUGACACACAACAAGUCCAAUCACAGUAUGCAUAGCGAAGGCUCCAUCUAGGAGCUAACAAUCUGCAUCUUUUUCCAUCCAUCACUUCAGCAGGACCAGUCAUCGCUCCUUCUUGACUGCAAACGCUCUUAGUAUGUGCUUGCAAUGCUGUGCUGCAUCCAGUGUUCUGAGACCAAAGACUUAGCGCCCUUCCUGGGAGCAGAAGAGGAAGAAAUGAGAACACAGCAAGAUAAAAACCAAACAAACAUUGGGCAUGGUGAGUGCCCUUUGGAGAACGAUGGGAUUCUUCCUUGCAAAGUAGAAUCGUGUUAUUUUUUCAGCCGUAUCUUUGACCCUCAUUGGUUGCCCUUCCUUCCUAGAUGCGCGGAGAAGUUUUUAAAACUGCUCUGAUUAUUUUUUCAAGAGAGAUCAUGUUUUUAAAAAGAAUUUUGCAGAGUUUUAAAUGGUUGCUGUCCCUCCCCUCCCCCAAAUACGCUGUGUUGUGACUUUGUGAAUCAGCUCCAGUGUCAUAGACCUGUUUCCACCCCUCCUUUUGGUCCUGUCUGUUGCCCUGUUGUUAAAACAGCAACUGGUACUCAUAUGUAUUUGUGUCCUGAGAACAAAGAAUGGAUGAGACUUCAAGGAACUUGUGGCUUAGCAGUAUGGAAGUUUGGGGGAAUGGGCAUUAUUUUCUCCCCAGUUGAGCUUCAGGGAAGGUGUAGUUAUUUUGGUUGCAUGUGUUCAUAAUAUCUGAAAUUUCAGACGGUUCCUUGUAAAACAAAAAGGUUGUUACAUUUACAGUUUUGUAACCUCCACAGAUGUUGUGUGUUUUGAAUAUGAAGGUGGGUUUUUAAUUGACAUAACUGCAGUCUCGUCAAAUUACAGACCGGGAUAAAUUUCUUUAGUAGUGUACUGGGCAAUUUUUGUCCCCCUGGAAUUUGCAUUAAUGUUACUGGGAAUCACAUGGUCAAGUUCCCUGCCUCCCUUGCUGUACUGAAAGCAUGAACCCCAAAAUGUCGAAUCUCAGACUCUAACAUACCGAAGUAGUCUGUGUGCCCUUUGCUUUAACCAAAGCAUAUUUGCAGGGCAUGUUAAAUAACUGGGAUAGAAUUCAGGACAAACCAUUCCCCCAGUAUUACUGUUCGUGUUAAGACAAAAGAUGCUGCUAGAACAAUGUCCAAAGCAAAUCCUCCAGGUGGCUCCUAAACCUUUGCCAUUGCAAGAUGGAUUUCAUGGUGGAGUGAGGGCCUUCCUGAUCUCCCCAAAGACUGACCAAGAACUUCCACUACAAGCUUGAUCUGUAUUUUGUGGAGGGAGUUUGAGGGAGCAUAUUGUACUUCAGGGAUUGGAGAGGUUAGUCUCCAGGCGAUUCCCCUAUUUUUGAAGAGAUGCUGGAUUUCCUUCCCUCUUUCCUUUUAUCUACUGUUCUUCUAGCUGUCCACAGUAGCAUCCUCCAUGACUGCCGUCAGUGCCACUCCACCUGCCCAUCCCAGGCAUCCCGGAGCCUGGCCUCAGAGUGGAGGGGAAAUGCGUUCAUUGGGAGGUCACUGUGUUGUAUAUUGUAAACCCCCCAAAAUGCAGAGUCUGUCAGUGAGCAAAUCCUGCAUGGUGGUUUCUCUGUUGACUUUCAGCCUGCGUUGCUCAAAGAACAUCCCGUGGCCUGAUUGUUAUGUACCAUUUUCUUUCUUUACCCUCAGAUAAGCUUUACCUGACUGAGUUUAAAAGCAAAGCCCAGUCGC